AAAAAAAUACUUGAAAAAGAAUACCUAUUUACUUACAUAAAACAACAAAUUGCCUUAGAAAUAUUCGUCGGCAUUGCUAUUGCAUUGCCGCUAUGGAUAGCAAUGCAUAUUCCUCAGUGCAAGGUAAAAGGCAGCCUUAGGGUCGCGCAAAAUAUUAAUAAAACGCUUUAGGAUACUUUUAUUGAGAAUUAUUACUUUUGGGUGCCGUGGUCCAAAACUUUUAACCCCAAACAAGUAACUACCAAAUAGGUAAGUAACUUACUAUAUUUGUGCCGUUUGUAGGGAUUUUCAGAAUGAUUGCAGCUUCUAUGAUUGAUAGAACGAGCGGCUAUAAAUUAUGGUAUAUAUCUACGUAAACCACAGGCCGGAACAAGACCAGGACCAAGGACCUAGUUGAAUUAAAUAGUUAAUACUCUUUUAUUCUAUAAGAAAAGUGGCAAAAAGAAAACUUAUCUCGUCAUUAAGAAAAUAAUUAUCAUUAAGGAAUCGGACGGAACCAAUUAAACCACAAGUGUGUAAUCGUUUUCUAGUAGUAUAAAAGACAUUUACCAGCACAUCGGCAUAUUAGUCACUUCACUGUCACUAGAAGUACUUUUAUUCAAGCCAUGGAGCUCAAAGUGAUCUUUCUUUUGACUUUCUUGACUAUUGCGCAAUGCCAAUUGAUACCGUUGUCAUGUGCUCAAAUUCGGGCCUUUGUCGAUGGUCACAAUUCGAGGAGGCUGCUGCUAGCCCAAGGCAGGGUACCGGGACAACCUGCGGCUAGUAAAAUGAAUAUAGUGCUUUGGGAUGAGGAACUACAUGUAAAGGCGGCUAAAUGGGCGCUAAGCAAUAAGAAUUUCCACAACCCGGAUAAACAUAUUCCAUCCGGCAGAUUUACCACUGGGGAAAAUUUGUAUUGGUACUAUACAACUGAUAGUAAAUACAAUCUGAAUCCGGACAUGGCAUUAGAGUCUUGGUUUGGUGAACAUGCUAACUUCACAUAUGGCCCACUUCAGGAAAGUGACUUCGAUAAUUCCAAAAACUAUCAGAUUGGCCAUUACACUCAGAUGGCAUGGUCUGACAGCAUCUACAUCGGCUGCGCUAUAUCGCAAACAAGAAAGAACAGAUGGAACAAUUUUUAUGUGGUCUGCAACUAUGGUCCAGGUGGUAACUACGUCAAUGAAACACCGUACGAGACUAGUGCUGACUCCAAUGGAAAAUUGUACUGCGGUACCAAAGACUGCAGCCAGCCUUAUGGACCUAAAUGUGAAAACGACCGAUACAAUAUAAUUUAAUAAAGAUUUUAUUCUUAAAUUAUUGUUUUGUCUUUUGGACAUAAGCGUUUCAUGAUGAUGAAAAUUAUAUUUGCUAAUGCCUAUCCAACUUCACUCUUCCUUUAAAAAUGACGCUAGGGUUAGUAGAUAUCUCGCCUUCUUCUUGUACGAUACAAAUCUUAAUUCAGUUUUUGUCAGUUCAGUCAUGUCACGUAAAGAUUUGUGUUGAGAUGAAACGUACCGAACCAUGCUUAAAACGUGCUAGAAAAUAGUGUUAUUUAUACAAUAUAAUAUAAUAUAAUGUGAGAAUAA